AUGUCUAAUUCACAAGAUAAACAGAAGCUACUGGAUAGCAGUGUAGGAUCAGUAAUAGGGAAGCGGGGGAAAGAUAGCCAGGCCCAGUUCUCACAGAGGAAGGGACUCACACCGCUGAACGGGGGAAAUAAUUGCAUUUCACUGAGGCAGGCAUUGGCGGCUGCUCCACUGCUCUCCAAGGCUGACUAUCUGAAGCACUACUUUUCCUGCGCAGAUGGAAUGCACAUUGUAGAUGAUGAUGUGAUGAAUUGGACAGCUAUUUCUACCACUACAGUGGAAAAGGAAGAAGGGGAAGAUGAUGAUGAUUUUUUUGUGGUUGCUGAGUUUGUGGAUGAGUAGCCAGAAGAGGUCAAGCAGAUGGAGGAUUUUCAUUCCAGUACCAAGUAGAAGCUUCUGGGAGGCCAGGCAGAUGAUCCAACCUCACAUAAGCAUAUCCACCACGAUGCUCUGGAUUCAUCUCCUCCCCGGGAGGUCUGUCACGAUACCCUGGAUUCAUCUCCUCCAAGGAGAGUACAUCAUGACUCCUCAGAUGCUUCACAACUGUGGAAGGUCCGUCAUGAUUCCCCAGAUCCUUCUCCACCCAGGAAGCUUCAUAAUUCUUCAGAUGUGUCUCUUAGGAAAGCUUGUCAUGACUAACCUCAUCUGUCUCCUCCAAAGAAAGCUGAGUAUGAGUCUAAAGACUCUUCCCCCAAGAAACAUCAGAGUCACACCUUGGAUUCUUCUUCCUGCCCACAUGACAGCUAGAAAGCCUCUGAUUCAGAUUUUUCUCCUCCAAGGCUUAAACAUAAUCAAAGACCAGGGCUCCCGGAUUCUGGUUCUGAUUUAUCACCUCCACGGACUAGACCUAGGCAUCGGAGCUCAGAUUCUGACCUGUCUCCACCAAGAAGGAAACAGAGCACCAAAUCUUCUCAUUCUGAUCUGUCUCCACCUCAAAGGACUUGGCCUCCUAGACAGAAGGCUGCACACUUGUUGUCUGGAGCCAAAAUGGGAUUGGUAUUAACUGAUACACAGAAAGAGCAGCAAGAACUCAAGAAGCAGGACCAAGAAACCAUGGAAUUUGAAGCCGCAUUCCAGUGUGCUGAAAAUGUGCUUCGAGAUAAGUCUGGUCAUAAGAAGAACUUGAAACUAGAACAUUUGGAACAAAGGCGAAAAGCAGAGAAGGACACAGAGAGAGAUGAACUCUAUGCCCAGUGGGGGGAAGGGCUUGCCCAGAGUCGCCAGCAGCAGCAAAAUAUAGAGGAUGCAAUGAAGGAGAUGCAAAAGCCAUUGGCGCGCUACAUUGAUGAUGAAGACUUGGAUCAGAUGCUGAGCAAACAGGAGAGAGACAGAGACCCCAUGGCCAACUUCAUUAAAAAGAAUAAGGCCAAGGAGAACAAAAAUAAGAAAGUGAGACCUUGUUACAAUGGUCUGGCACUUCCCAACAGAUUCAAUAUCUGGCCUGGAUAUUGCUGGGAUGAAGUAGAUAGACAAUGUAUUUGAUCAAAUGUAUUUGAACAAAAGCACUUUGCCAGACUUGAGGCAGUAGAGGAACUCACCUACAAGUGGAGGAUAUGUAACUUUGCUAAGACUCUAGGGGUAACUCUGGUUGUGGUAGUGGACAGAGAGCCACCAGACGUCCAGCUGUUUUAG